CGAGGCGCUGGAGGAGAAACUGAGGAACUUAACUUUCCGGAAGCAGGUCUCUUACAGGAAAGCAAUCUCCCGGGCAGGCCUCCAGCAUCUGGCUCCUGUACAUCCCCUCAGCCUUCCUGUGGCAAAUGGUCCAGCAAAGGAGCCCAGAGCGACUCUGGACUGGAGUGAGAAUGCCGUGAACGGGGAGCACCUGUGGCUGGAGACCAACGUAUCGGGCGACCUCUGCUACCUGGGCGAGGAGAACUGCCAAGUCCGAUUUGCAAAAUCAGCUCUCAGGAGGAAGUGUGCAGUCUGUAAAAUCGUGGUCCACACUGCCUGCAUUGAGCAGCUAGAAAAGAUUAAUUUCAGAUGUAAACCAACAUUUCGGGAAGGGGGCUCGAGAUCACCAAGAGAAAAUUUUGUGCGUCAUCACUGGGUGCACAGGCGCCGGCAGGAGGGAAAAUGUAAGCAGUGUGGUAAGGGUUUCCAGCAAAAGUUCUCCUUCCACAGUAAAGAAAUUGUGGCUAUCAGCUGUUCCUGGUGCAAGCAGGCGUUUCACAAUAAGGUGACCUGCUUCAUGCUGCAUCACAUUGAGGAACCCUGCUCCCUGGGGGCCCAUGCUGCUGUUAUUGUCCCACCCACGUGGAUCAUUAAGGUGAAGAAACCUCAGGUGAUCUCCAUACCAGGAGAUGAACUUGAACUUGGUUGGGCGGGAGACGGACCUGGUUGGGCGGGAGACUGGAGCCCCUCAGAGAAUUUGGGAUUCUUCCAUUUUUACUGGGAGGGUUGGCAGAACUCCCUGAAGGCUUCAAAUCGGAAGAAGAAGAGAACAAGUUUUAAAAGAAAAGCCAGUAAAAGGGGAACUGAACAGGAAAACAAAGGCCGUCCUUUUGUGAUAAAGCCAAUCUCUUCACCUCUCAUGAAACCCUUGCUUGUGUUUGUGAACCCUAAGAGUGGAGGCAACCAGGGAACCAAAGUCCUGCAGAUGUUCAUGUGGUACCUGAAUCCGCGGCAAGUCUUUGAUCUUUCUCAGGAAGGGCCAAAAGAUGCACUUGAAUUGUAUAGGAAAGUACCAAACCUGAGAAUUCUGGCCUGUGGUGGGGAUGGAACGGUGGGCUGGAUUCUUUCCAUCCUGGAUGAACUGCAGCUGAGCCCCCAGCCUCCUGUGGGGGUCCUUCCUCUGGGGACAGGGAAUGACCUUGCUCGGACUCUCAACUGGGGAGGGGGCUACACUGAUGAACCUGUUUCUAAGAUCCUGUGCCAAGUAGAAGAUGGGACAAUUGUACAACUUGAUCGCUGGAAUCUCCAUGUAGAAAGAAACCCAGACUUGCCUCCAGAAGAGCUUGAAGAUGGCGUAUGUAAGCUCCCUCUGAAUGUUUUCAAUAAUUACUUCAGCCUUGGAUUCGAUGCUCACGUCACACUGGAAUUCCAUGAAUCCAGAGAAGCAAAUCCAGAGAAAUUCAAUAGUCGCUUUCGAAAUAAAAUGUUCUAUGCUGGGGCAGCUUUUUCUGAUUUCCUACAGAGAAGUUCUAGAGAUCUAUCCAAACAUGUUAAAGUUGUUUGUGAUGGAACAGAUCUCACCCCAAAGAUUCAGGAACUGAAGUUCCAGUGUAUAGUAUUUUUAAAUAUACCCAGAUAUUGUGCUGGCACAAUGCCAUGGGGAAACCCAGGAGAUCACCAUGACUUUGAACCUCAGCGUCAUGAUGACGGCUACAUUGAAGUCAUCGGAUUCACCAUGGCCUCUCUGGCUGCCCUGCAGGUUGGGGGCCAUGGAGAAAGGCUACACCAGUGUCGGGAAGUCAUGCUUUUGACUUACAAGUCCAUCCCCAUGCAAGUGGAUGGGGAGCCAUGUAGGUUGGCCCCAGCUAUGAUUCGGAUCUCCUUGAGGAAUCAGGCCAACAUGGUACAGAAGAGCAAGAGGAGAACAUCCAUGCCUUUACUCAAUGACAUCCAUCAGGUGCAAGCUGCGGACCUGAGGCGCGUGUCUGCCCCCCCCGGCUCCUUCACCAUUCCCCAGUCUGUCCCAGAUCGUCUGAGGAUCCGGGUGAACAAAAUCAGUUUACAAGACUAUGAAGGAUUCCACUAUGAAAAAGAGAAACUCCGGGAAGCUUCCAUCCCUCUGGGUAUUCUAGUUGUCCGUGGAGACUGUGAUUUGGAGACUUGCCGUAUGUACAUAGACCGCCUACAAGAGGACUUACAGUCAGUUUCUUCUGGUUCCCAGAGAGUUCAUUACCAGGACCAUGAAACCUCCUUCCCCAGGGCUCUCUCAGCUCAGAGGCUGUCCCCCCGAUGGUGCUUCCUAGAUGCAACUUCUGCAGACCGCUUUUAUCGAAUAGACAGAUCUCAGGAACAUUUGCACUUUGUGAUGGAGAUUUCCCAAGAUGAGAUUUUUAUUCUCGACCCAGAUAUGGUGGUGUCACAGCAGGCAGGGACACCUCCAGGCAUGCCUGACCUGGUGGUAGAGCAGGCCUCCGGGCUGUCAGACUGGUGGAAUCCUGCCCUGCGUAAACGCAUGCUGAGUGACAGUGGCCUGGGAAUGAUAACUCCCCAUUACGAUGACGAAGAUAUGAAAGAUCUCAGCCAUUCCCGUGUGCUACAGUCACCAGUCUCUUCAGAAGAUCAUGCAAUUUUGCAGGCAGUAAUAGCUGGUGAUCUUAUGAAGCUAAUAGAAAGCUAUAAAAAUGGAGGCAGUCUGCUAAUUCAGGGACCAGACCACUGUUCACUCCUUCACUACGCAGCUAAAACUGGCAACGGGGAGAUUGUGAAAUAUAUCCUUGACCACGGACCUUCCGAGUUAUUGGAUAUGACAGACAGCGAAACGGGUGAGACAGCACUACACAAGGCUGCUUGCCAGCGGAACCGGGCCGUGUGCCAGCUUCUGGUGGAUGCGGGAGCAUCUCUGAGAAAGACAGACUCCAAGGGUAAGACACCGCAAGAAAGAGCACAGCAGGCUGGGGACCCAGACUUGGCUGCUUACCUAGAAAGCUGCCAGAACUAUAAGGUCAUCGGCCAUGAGGACCUGGAGACUGCUGUGUGACCCUGGUAGAUGGACAGAGCAAACAUGAGCAAGCAUAUCACCUGCGCCCUCCCGGCCACUGGGCAGCUCCUGAGGAUGAAGUUGAUGGAAUCCAUAUGUCUCUCUUCUGCAAGAAUCUCUGAGACCAUGCCACCAGUUUUUAAGGGCUACCAGGAUGUACAACAGAACAUGAUAGCCCAUUGAGAAGGAGGCAGGCUACCUGGAGAUUUGUGGAGUACAAGUUCCACAAAAUUUGAUCAUUAUUGCUUCCAGCAAGUAGCAUGAACUUUUGUGUUCACCCGUAUAAUUUAUUUUAAAGAUUCAAAGGAUGUUUGUAUAAAUGGCACUGUUCCCUCCUCCCCUUACGCAUCCAUCUUUCUCCUUUACCACACAAUUCUACUGUAAUUACUCAUCAACCUAGAAUUUAUGACAUUAUCUCUUCUUUUUACAUUCAGUCUUUGAAGACCACAAGAUUGUCUGAUGGUCUUUUAAAACCCUCUGGAUGUCCUGCAGAAAUAUAAUUGUAAAACUAUUUCCAAGACUAAAUAGAACAAGACCACUCAGUGACUCUUUGCAUGUCCUGCCCCCACCCCCCCACCCCUGUUUUAUUAUGCAGGAGCUGGGAAGUGCCUCACAGCUAAUGUCAACUGUGUGUUCUAUCUCUGAGGUCUCGUGAGGUGGCAUGGGAGCUGUGCUUGGAGGUACCUCGGAGAGGUUACCCAAGGUUGGCCCAGACAGCCGGGCCAUUUCUGAGAGCCAUGCAGGACCAGUUCAGCUUGGGCUGUUUGUACAGCUCUGUACUGCCUAUGUGUAGCCAUCUUUGCCUUUUGCUGCAAUAGAGAUGAGCAAAGGAUUAGACAAAGGCCCAUAGCUAGUCCACUCAGUUUUAAGUGCUGUUUAAAUUAUAGGGCAGAAGCCUGUGUGGAAACUGUGGUUACAGGAAGUGAAGCACUCUGAUGAGAUUUAUAUCUAGUCUUGUUGAAUGAUAAUAGAAAGAAGGCUAAUCAAUUCUGGGGGGGAAAACAGCAAAAGCAAAAGUAGCAGCAUAUGUUAAGAUAAUACACUUGCCAAGAAGCAGUUGGAAUUUUACACAGAAGCUAAUAACCAUAGACUCUUGGUUAUCACGCUGAGUCUUCAUUGUGGGUCUUCCUUCAGAUUUUUGGUUUUCAUUAUCUCAAAGAUUGUUGGACCCAAUGACCAAGUCCUGUUUAAUGAAUCCCACUGCCAGAUAUUCAGGUUACCUGGCUCUUUUUAAUGGGCGCUGUACCUAUUGCUUUUCAGCUUCUAGGGUCAUGUCUGAUAACUCCAUUUUCCAUGGAGGGGCUAGUCUAAUAUAUUCCUUUCUUGACUUUGUUUUUCCCUAUCAGAAAUUUCUUACUGCAAACAAUAUAAAAGUCUAACCAGCAAUCUCUUGUCUGGUUAGUGGACUGGCACUGUCUAAUCAUGCCAUGGAUCUGAUGGUACUUGGUAAGAACUAAAAUAUGAGGAGGAAAAAUAUUCUUUUCGUCCUAAUAUUGAUUGAGUAUAAAACGAAAAUAAAAGUGAGUUUCUAAGGGUUUUGCUUUUUGGCUAAAUCUGAUGUCUCCUGAGCUUCCUUCUAUUUUGCUCUUGGACACAGCAAAAUCAUUUCCCUAUUUUUUUCUGCAUGUGGCCGUAUAUGAUAAUUUCUCUACAUUUAAUUUAAAGGCCCACUAGUGACAACACUGUUUAUCUGAAUCACAUGUCGGUUGCACAUCAUAAUUUUGAAAGUGCAGAUAUGAUACACUAUGUUAAGUUGGAACAGCUUUUCAGGGGAUGGGGUUUUAUGAUGACAGCCUCUCCAUAGUUGCUUUAAACUCAAGUCGUUGGCAUCAUUUCCAGCUGUGGGAGAAGCAGCUGGUUAUGAGUCAUCUGUUGCCAUAUAUCAGUUGCAGGACUGGAACUCUUUGUUAGAUUUUACAGUGAGGGAAUGAGAGAGUGCAGUAGAUUGUUUCCAGAAGCUGGGAAAAUAUAUAGUCCAGGAAAAUUUAAUCUCUGGGAUUCUGCUAGGAGUUUUUUAGUUGGUGGGACUGUCAAGGAAAUAUUGUGAUGACAGGAAUGUAAUAUGAUCCUUAGAGCAGACUGGAAUCUGGCUCUGAAUGGGGCCUCCUAGCCUCUGGAUUGAGCCAAACACUUGGCCUAGCAGUCAGUUACUCACUGCCACUGCUGGGACAAGGAACUCUGGUUUCACUAAUGACUGUGUUGCAUUUCUCUGUGAAUGCUUCACAGUAACCAGAGGGAAAAUUUGGAGUAGAGGUGGCUGUGUGCCAGUGUAUAACUACUGAAACAGUCCUGGUGCAUCUGAAAAUGGUUCAAGAAAAGGGAAGAGAGCAAUUAGAGUCCGUACAUUAUUGAUGGAUAACAAUACAUGAUCUAUCUCUUUGGAAGAGCAAACACCUGCAGGACAGACUGACGCUUUUCAGAAUGGAAGGGAGGGAGGGGGGGAGGAAGAAAAGAGAAAAGAGCACAGAACAGCCACAUAUUUAAUGUUGUCAGCAUCAAAUCUACCUCCUGUAGCAUUUUUAAUUGGUUGCUCUGUGUGACAGCACUGGGCUUCAGAAAGAGCCAAGACCAUAGGUCAAGGAGUUUCCAUUUCAGUUUAGGUAGAUUGUAUCCCCUUUGGUAGGCUAUCAAGAGAUAAAAAAGCCAAUGCUCUGCUCCUGGUCAAAAACUCACAUAACUUUAACAGGCACAGACAUCUGCACCUGUAGAAAAAUCAUUUUCCCAAAGCCGGCUGGGACAUUGUGGCCCGAAGCGGCAGCCUUGCUGGUACUCCUGAGUGUGGUCUUUCCGGCUGCAGCAGUGCCUGCUUUGGAGAUUCCACUUUUGCAUCAGGCUAAUACAGGGAUGGAAGCUGAAGAGUUAUUAGAAGAUAACAUUCUAUAUAACCUUAAAGAUAUCCAUAAUUGCAAGCAUAAAUUCUGCUAUUCCACUAUUGAUGAAAUAGAACAUAAUCACUGUGGAUUUAUCACAUUUGAGGACUCAAAGAACAGGAGAAGAUUAAUAAGCAAAGAAGGAACUAAACACAGCUGGAAAUUUUACUUUGAGACUUCUGGUUACCUUUAUAGAGAUAAUGACUGAAAACCAGGGCAAGUUCUGAGACAGACUGAGACUGACAAAAGUAACAACUACUGGAAAACCUGAGAUGCCCCACUGCUUCACCUCUGUCCCAGUGGCUCCUGUGCAGAACUGUGUUAUGUGACAUUCAACAGGUAGUUCGUUUUCAUCUGGAUGUAGCAACAGACCUUUCACCGGAAGAAUCUCGUUUGCUAGAAUCUUAAUUACCUUAGCAAGUGUGGGGCAGCCAUUUCGUUUCUUUAUGUUGUCAAUUUACUAACGAUAUUUAGAAUUUUUUUAGUUAUGAAACAAGCACAGGCCUUUUACAAAAGGUUCUAAUGCCACAGAUGAGUACCACCUGCAACAGCACAGCACCCUUUUGGGCUGGUGUCUUUUCUCAGUCCUUAGAGAUAAAUGCUAUUAACACUGAUAAACAUGGUUGUUUGUAUGUUGUGUUAGAAAUACACCAUUCAUACUCAUGUGUGCAUGUAGAUGUGUAUACAUACAUAUUCACACAUUCAUAUAUAGAAAUAUAUUUAUUUGUAUACAUAUGUGUAUAUAUACUGCAUAUAUAUUGCAUAGGUUUAAAAAAGAAAAACAUCUUAGAAGCAUGCUUAUCAUCUAUGUAUGUUUAGUUAGCCCCAGCAAAACUAGGUAUGGUAACAAUUUUCAUUUGAGUUUUGAUUCCACCAUCACUAAAUUUCAUUUUAUCACUGCAUUGCUACCACAGGACAUUUGUGGUAGCCUGUGUCAUAAAAUCCAUGACCAAGAGUCUUGUCCUUGUGUAUGUUGCAUUUCUCGAUGCAUGAAACCUACCUUUGCUGUAAGAUUGGUCCAUCCUGCUUUUGGUUCUCAAGUAGAAAAAAGAGAGUUCUUUCCUCUGUGACUUUCAGACCACUCAGUAGGUUGUCUAAUGAUAACUGAUGAGGACAAGCUACUGUAGGGAAGGGGCGUUAUGUGGAUACGGUCUGGAGUCUGGGUGGCCAUCAGUCAUCUCUUGUUACACUAAUUUCUAGCUAUGAUGACAGUCCUCUUCUUGGAUGAAUCCUGCUAAUAUUUUAGUAAUUGUGUCCUACAACUGCCAAGAUCUUCUUUAGAUAUUAUGAUCGAAAUGAAUCACAAUGACAUUUCUCCCUGGAGCAACUGUCCAUGUUGCCCAAAAGACAAGCAAGUGCAUUGCCACUGAUUUGGUCAUCUUAUGGGUGAAUAACAAGCUUGGUUCUGAGAAGUAAUCUAGGAGGUUUAGCACAUUUCUGUCCUAAUUACAUAAGAGGUGACCAUCAUCUGGUGAUAUAAGCAAUAUGCCCCCUUGACAUUACCUGUAUGACUGCUUCUAUAUGUACCAUAUCAUGAGGGCUUCUGUGGAUUUUAGGCCAUCUUUCCACAGUUUAAUGAGAAACAGAAAAAAGAAAAAAAUAAAUAAGCAGGGACUAGUAAGUAGUACCCUGGACAACUUACUCUCUCAUGACAUUGAGAGUCAUUAAAGUGGUCCCAAAAAGAAAGCAGAAAAAUAUAAUUAUUAGGCUAUGAAAAAAAAUAAUUUAGACUAGAAAUUUGAAUUUGGGAGAUGUCUCGAUAAAUCCCAGAGUAUGUUUAUACAUGCCUGCAGUCAGUGUGCAUGCAAUCAUAUGUUCAUGAAAUGAUCAUAAUUGCAUGUAAUUUAUCAUUUUGGGUACAAGGGAUCAAACUCGGGUCCUUGCGCUUGCGAAGCUGGUGCUGGAACCACUGAGCUAAAUCCCCAGCCCCUGUAAUUAAUCAUUUUUAAUAAAAUAUUUGUCACUGUGAUACAGCCACCAUUCUAAGGGCAUAACAAUGAAUGCAAUAGACAAAACUCUUGAUUUCAACAAACAAGCCAUCAAGUAAGCAUGACAAAUUCCAAUGAGACAAGAUCUGUGCAUGAGAACUCCACAAUCUACUGGAAGUACAACUAAUGUGUUGUAUUUGUUACUCAUUGGUCAGCACUAUUUUAGUUCUAUGAAAACAACUUCAACAGGUCAAGAAAUAAUGAUAUUUUGCAUUUUGGUUUUGUUGGUGUUGGUAAUGUGCUUAAUAAUGUAUUUGAAAUGAAGACUUUAAAAUGAGACUUUGAAGCACUACUAGAGUAAGUUCUAAGACUCAUUUAUCACAGAUCUCAAGGACAAAACUAGAGAUGAUGAGCAGAGUUUGAAGUGAGUUUGGAUUAAAUAUAAAAAUGAAGUAUAAAUUGCCACAGAGUGCAGUGAGACUCCUUAUAAUCUCAUAAAUUAUUAGCUCAUGGGAGCAUCUAAGGAGAGGAUACAAGACCAUUUUUAGUGUGUUUUUAUUAGCGAAGUGUGAUCUCAGGGGGCUGAAAUUAGAUCUCUUGUUUUCUUUAAAUUUUAUUUUUAAAAUUCCUUUGUUGAAUUGCAGGAUUUCAUUUUAGAAAAUAAUAAAACCCUUGAUUUAAAAAAAAUCUUUAGAACAUUAUUUUAUACACAAGAAGCUGUAAAAUCUUAGAAGGAGUGUCCCUUUCUUAUCAUUUAAUUAUUUUAAAACCACCUGAGCGUGAAUUUAGUAGCUAGCAAAAUAAAAACAUAUAAAUAGGUUAACUUAAUUCGAAAUAAUUCUGGAAGUGUUAUGGAUUUUGACGAAUAUUCAUAGACAUUUUCAAGUAAAAUCCUAUUAGAAAUCUGUCCAAGAUGAAAAAGUGCUAUGAUUUGUAAUUUACUAGAGUUCAGUACAGUCUCAAAAAAUCACAGAAGAAAUUUCUAACUACAAGAUGAAGAUCUUUAGAAACUAAGCCUAUGUACAUAAAAUACAGUAAUGGGAAAUACUCUGGCUUCUGCUACCAGUUUGGUAAUACAAGGAAAGACCUAACCAUGGAAGUGGCAAAAUACUGUAUCAGUCUUUCUCCCAUCUUCAAAAAUUCCAACGUCUACAGCCAAAUGACAUCUGAAAUGAAAGCCUUUGGUAGCAGCCUCUAUAGAAACUAUCUUGUUUCUCAAUCCUUUACUGAAGCAUACAGAUAACUUUCAAUAUAAAGUAUUUAUUCUUCAAUAUAAAGUAUAUAAAAUAUAGCUUAAACAACCAAAAUCUAUACUGUUUAUUAACAAUCUCUAUAAUAUUAGUUGGUAUUUCAAAGCAUUUUUUACAUUUUUGAGCUUUGAUACAACCCCAUAAAGUGCACACUAUAGUCAAUGCCUUCUAAAUGAAUUAACUGAAUCUCAGAGCCCUGAAUUCAACUUGUGUAGUCACAUAGCAGGGGACAAAACUGCAGUUAAAACUGAGGCCUUUGGAAAUUAUAGACCAACAUGCCUAAAAUAGGUGUCGUCUAGGUAAAUAAUUUCCACCAUUGCUUAUAUUUAUUUAUUUUUCUCAUUGAGUCCCAUAGCAACAGUGGUUUAGAACUGAGAGAGAACAUGAAAUAAAAGAACUCAAGAAUUUUUAUUUUCAGUAGGGGAUUUAGCUCAGUGGUUCCGCCGCCUGCCUCGCAAGG